AUGCUUAUAAAAGCACGUUUGCAUUUUUGUAACAGAGUAAAGGUGCCAUGCCCUACGGCAUUAUCAUCACAUAGGAAGUUAUUAAUCAAAGAGGCACAGUUACAAGAAAUGUCUGACGAUUCAGAUGAUGGACCGAAAACAAAAUCCAAAAUUGUCAAAGAAUUUGUUUCCAAGAACUUUGACCCCGAUAAGUUGAUUGACAGAUCUCAGUCUGAUGCCAGCUUUGUCAAAUUCCACUCGACAAGUUCUGUGUCAGGCAGCAGGAAGUUCACAAGCCAGAGAACUGAGAGAAAGGAACAGUCAUCCAAAGUCUCUGAGAGCUCCAAAGUGUUCUUCGAUCUCUCCAGCCUUGAGUCUGAAGAAAAUGAAUCGGGAAGAUAUUCCAAGAUAGAAAAAAGGAACUCCAUUGAUAUGUUGGAAACCAUCUCUCAGGAUGAAAAUUCAACAAUCUGUGACAACAAUUCCAAAGAAUCUUUACUGUCAGCAUCAGAAAGCAGGUUUUCAUCUGAUGAUCUGGAAAGUCUUGUGUCUAGUGAGGAUAGAAUUGAACCAGAAAUUUGCUGUGUGCAGUACUGUGACAAGUACCCUUUGAUCCUUUCAACAGUGACAGACUCAGACACAAGUCGUCUAAACCAGACAAACGUGAAAGUCAGUUACCAAAAAUUGUCGCAAGAACUAGAAAAUCACAUCAAACCUUUGAAGGCUGCUAAACAUAGACAUGAAGUUAGGCAUCUAGACAGGAUAAAGAAUGUUUUAGUGGAGGCUUGGCAGGUUCCCAUGUUUGGAAGGGACAUUGCCUACCGUCUGUGUGAUGCUUUGAGGAGUGAGGGUAUAUUGGACAUGCUGAUAGAAAACUGCAACUCAAAUAACAAGGACCUUUUGAAGGCAUCAGCCUCUGUGUUAGAACAGUGUCUUUCCUGGGAAAAUCGAAAUCAUGUUGCAAAAACAGGGCUUGAAAUAGUUAUAACAAUGACCAAAAGAGAAAUUGCCAAUCAUGAGAUGUCCUACAUCAUCACUGGUAUUUUAGAGGGUUUGUUCAAAAUUUCAGAGGAGGCAUCAACAAAAAUAAUUAACUUUGGAGGUUUGGAUGUCAUUUUACAUUGGUCAAGGUCAAGUGACAUUAGAAAUCUCAGGCACUGUGCGAAAGCUUUAGCCAAUCUGUCAUUGUUUGGAGGAGCUGAAAACCAGGAGGAAAUGGCCAAGAGAAAUGUCCCAGAAUGGUUAUUUCCUUUGGCUUUCAUGGAAGAUGACACCAUUAGGUACUAUGCAUGUCUUGCCAUUGUUGUCUUACUGGCAAAUAAAGAACUAGAGGCUGCAGUGAUAAAGUCAGGCACCUUAGAAUUAGUGAUGCCCUUCAUAAACUCGACAAAGCCCUCUUCCUUUGCUAAAAGUGAUGCCUCUCAACAACAGGGGAAAGACCACAUGUGGUUAGAGAGACUGGUUCCCCUUCUGCUAAGCAGGAAAGAAGAAGCUCAAAGUCUUGCUGCUUUCCAUUUUGCAAUGGAAGCAGGGAUCAAAGAGGAACAAGGAAAACUUGAUCUCUUUUACGAAAUUGGUGCAAUAGAACCUCUUAAGAAAGUUGCCAGUAGUCCCAAUGCCACAGCAUCCAAACUAGCCGCCCAGGCUUUAAAGGUUAUAGGGGAGAGCAUUCCCCACAAGUUAACCACGCAAGUCCCUGUUUGGAAUGUGGUGGAUGUAAUGCACUGGGUGGCACAGGUUGGGUUUAAGGAAUAUGUUCAGAACUUUAAGGACUGCCAGGUAGAUGGAGAUUUGCUGCUUUUAUUGACUGAGCAGGAGUUAGAGAGCAGUAUUAAAAUUGACUGCAAAAUCUCCAGGAAAAGAUUUUUACGAGAGUUAAAGUCUUUAAAAAUCACAGCUGACUAUUCCUCAUGUGAUCCGACUCAGAUGGAUGCUUGGCUGAUGAAAAUUCUCCCUGAUCUGUCUCAAUAUACAUAUGAAAUGCUCAAAGCAGGCAUGAACAAAGAGGUAUUGGCCUCCACAAACAACGAAGAAUUGGAGGGAGUGUGUGGAAUCAAAAAUGGUAUUCACCGUCGUCUCAUUCUGGAACAUGUGGAAGAUUUAUACACAGCUUUACCAUUACCCAAGUAUGGCAGUAUAGGCAGCCUAACCAGGCAGAAGAGUAUAGAUCCUACAGGAUUCGCAUCCUACCCUAAGGCAGUCGAUGUGUUCAUCAGCUACAGGAGGUCAAAUGGAUCUCAACUAGCCAGCUUGCUGAAGGUUCAUCUACAACUUCGAGGAUUUUCUGUGUUUCUGGAUAUUGACAGACUCCGUGCUGGAAAGUUUGAUGAAAAUCUGUUGAUGAAUAUUCGUUUAGCUAAACAUUUUCUGUUAGUUUUGACCCCAAGUGCCUUGGAUAGAUGUAUCGGUGACGAUGAACAGCAGGAUUGGAUCCACAAGGAGAUUGUGACAGCUUUGGAAAGCGACUGUAAUAUUAUCCCUGUGCUGGACAAUUUUGAUUGGCCGCUACCCGAGGUACUGCCCACUGACAUGCAGCAGGUCGUGUACUUCAACGGAGUUAGAUGGGUGCACGACUACCAAGAGGCUUGCAUGGCUAAGCUUGAAACAUUCCUCAAAAAAGUCCCCGUUGCUCGUUUGAGGUCUGUGGAGCUUCCCACCAUUGUGGAGAGACCAGCGUCGGAGUGCGGCAGCAUGACGUCUGCUCUUACGGUGGACGAAGUACUGGCACAGGAAGAGAUCGUGAUGAGGAAAAAAAGCGGCGAGAGAAAAGACUCACGUAAAAGAUCAUCAGCGCUCAUGGAAACAAUAUCUUCCAUUGUAGAAAAUUUAUAAUUAUAUGACUAUUUAUUUUGUGUAGAGAUCUUGGGCCUUAAAGGUUUUGAUUGAAAUUGAGUCAGUGUGUAUUUUCUGGUUUGUCUCAUCACAGUUAUAAUGUUUGAACAUUUGAUUGCUGUUUGCAUGUGAAUGUUUAGAGUAAAAGUUAAAAUGUAUGCGAGUCCAAAGUGUAGAACAAAGAUAAUCAUCAGAUUUCUUCCUUUUUUUGACCUAUGAUCUCUGACCUUAUAAGGUCAUGUGUUUUCUUUACUCUUCUGUGAUGGAACUUUAUUUUCAGGGUAAUUAGACCAAUGAUACCUCAUUCUU